AGACACCGACUACGAUAUCAAGCUUUUACUUUCGCCUCAACACGUCCUCGUUAGACGCCAGAGUUCCAGUCACAUGCUUGACGCGUCACGCUAACUUCCCCACAACGCGUCCGACGCAUCGGCCCAAACUUAGCACCAAACACCAACGUAGCUUCCAGAACUUGAUCAAACGAGUGAUUGCAGCCAUGUCGAAGCAGGGAACCGUUGUAGAGCAGAAGCGGUUCUUCCUGCAAGCAAAGAAACACCACCUCUCGCGCGCAAUCGUACCCUCACAACGCCUUAAGACGAUAGCAGAUGAUGGAGGCAUUGCGCUCAGCGUAGUCAAAGGCGCCCUCGACAAGGUCAACCGCGACCUCAAGCAGCAUUCGCGCAAGGUAUACAGCCGGCAAAUGAUGGACCACAUCGUCACACAGAUCGACGACCUGUACUGGGAGUCCGGCGCGCGGGACAUUGACGAGGACGAAGAUGAAGCGCAACAAGAAGACGCCGACACACUCUGCCGCAACGACAACCUCACCCUCGACGCCAACAUCGCCAAAUUGCCCAUCCUCUGGGACACAUCCGCGGACCGCACGGCCUCUGACGUCUCCCAAGACGACUACACCGCCGCGCUCGCACGCCUACAAGACCUCUCCGCCCAGCGCCUCGCGCUGCAGGCGAAAGUCGCCACAUACGGCACGCUGCUUACGCUUCUCGAACCGUACCGCAAACCCAAGGAGAACAUCCAGCCGAACCUCGUAUGGAGAGAUGCGCCGCUUGCGCCGGAGCUGGCCAAGACGAGGACCCUGGCUAUACGUGUUGCGGGCAGGGUGGGCGAGAGGUUUGGCGAUGUGCAGGUCCCGGCGACUGCUGAGGAGGAAGGAGAUAUUGAUAUGUUGGACUUACAGACGCAGGGGAGGAAGAAACUUGAUGCUGUUCUUGCAGGGUGGUGAUCAGGCUGGGCAAGGACUAUGCUUACCGCGGCGUAGCGGUGUGCUUCCGCUCGGAGAGAAUCUGGGAAGGGGCAGCCAUCAAUGACUGCAGCGCUGGCUCAAAGGCAGUCACGCGUUGGUGUGCACUCGUUUUUAGUUCGACCGGCCCAGGACUCCACGACACGAACUAUCGCUACAUCCAAUAUCGCCAACUAUUGCUACCCUUGUGGCUCACAAUCGCUUCUAGUAGUCAUGCGUCCCGCUCGCAACACAUCGCCGAUG